UAUUUCUCUCUCUCUCUUUUCUGCUUUCUCAACGCCAGAGGAGAAGCUAGAUUUUUAAGAGCAAGUGGAAGCGAAAAUUCCAAAGAGACAAUAUGGAUAAAGUUUUCUCGAUGGAUGACCUGCUGAAUCCCUUCUGCGCUCCGUCGCCGGCGAUAACCGAUAUAGAGCUAAGCGCAAUGAAACGGUGUCCGCCGGAGUGGUUAUUGGAGAAGUAUCUUGAAGAAAUGACGGCCAAAGAGGCAUAUCCGACACCGGAUACGUCCUAUUCGGGAGAAGAUUCUUAUCCGAGAGUUCUGUCUUUUCGGGACCCGAAGCCUGGCCCUAGCUAUAAUGCCGCGGUUUCGUUGGGUAGGGAGGAUGGAGGAGGAGCGGUACGAGGUGAGGGUGAGAUGGUUGAGAUUAAGGAGCCUCACGAUUCUGUUGCUGCACAGAUGAAGCUUUCGAUUGCUGAUCCGAUGGUGUGUGUUAGUAUUCUAACGAAGAAGCUUCAUAGCUCCUGUGCUGCGGCUGCUGCAAAGUUACAGGGUGUUGGCAUGAUAUCUCAAAAUACUUCUAAAGCUGAGAGUAGAUGUGAUUCUUCUUCGUUGGGAUCUGAAGCUCCAGUCAAAGGUGGUGGAACAGCUGUUCUACCUAUGCCCCUUGUGCAGAAUGUAGGUUGUGCUCAGGGUAGAGCAGCUACUAGUGAAUCUUCAAGGGAGGAGCUGUCUGAUGAAGAAGCACUGAAUGGAGAGGUAGAAAAUAUGGAUCCUGGUGAUGCAAAACGGUUUAGAAGGAUGCUCUCAAAUCGUGAGUCUGCCAGGCGUUCUAGAAGAAAAAAGCAAGCGCAUUUAAGUGAGCUUGAGACACAGGUUUCACAAUUAAGAGUUGAAAACUCGUCCCUAUUGAAGCGUCUUACUGACAUGAGUCAGAAGUACAAUGAAACCCUGGUGGAAAAUAGGAUUCUUAAAGCAGAUGCUGAGACCUUGCGAGCUAAGGUAACAAUGGCCGAGGACGCAGCGAGGAGAGCUACAGGAACAAUCCCCUUCACCAUUACACCAUCAGAAAUAUCUUCUGAUGCUGCUCUUCCCAUACGUGACGAUCCUAAUCCCCGGUUCAUUUCUCCUCCGGCAAAGAUGGAAAGAUCAGCGUCCAUGCAGCGGGUGGCAAGCCUGGAACGCCUCCAGAAGAGGGCAAAUUAUUAGGUCCGGUCACUGGACCUAAAUUUUCGUCUGGAUUCCUGCGUUUUUACUCUUCUUUUGAUGUAUUUUUAAAAAAGAGCAGCUAAUAUACAAUUUCAACUGCAUAUUAGCUGCUCUUUUGCUACCAUUUUAUUGAUUAUUUGAAAAGCACAUCAAAAAAGCAACAAAUAUUCAAUGAGUAAGAUAUUUGUUGCGCCUUUGCUAUAUUUUUUCAAAUACUCAACAAAAAAGCAGUUAAAAUACAAUUAAAAUUGUGUAUUAAUAGCUGCUAUUUUUCAAAAAACAUCAAAAGCGCAUGGAAUCCGAACGAAAAUUUAGGCCCGGUGACCGGACCUGAUAAUUCGCCCCAGAAGAGGAUCUGCCGAGGUACAAACCCUUGUGACUCCAUUCAUUGGGAAACUGAGAACUCUUGCAGCAAUAAUCAAAUCUAGUUUUGAAGCAAAUUUUGUUAUUUUCAUUAUUUUGAUGGUUGUUGCCAU